UAUUGCAUUGACCAGUAUCAUCCUUGAAAUUAGUAUCCUGAUAAUCAUUAGCGAAGAUGGAGGGCACAUGUCUUUGUGGCGCGAUCACUGUUCGGGUAAAGGAUGACGAACUGUUUUCGAGGAGGAGAGGACAUAUUUGUCGCUGUACUAACUGCAAAAAGACUGCUGGCUGUGCUAUGGCCACCAAUCUCACCAUUGAGAACGAGAAGAUUGAGAUCGUUGGCGAGGAGAAUUUGAAGAAAUUCAUUGAUACGAAAACUUUGAGUGGAACGCCACUUGCGAGAUAUUUCUGCUCUACAUGUGGAAAUCCGAUCAAAUCUGUCACGCCGUUGUAUGAAGGCAAAACUGUCUUGAAGACCGGCAUAUUCCCUCAGAUACCUACACCCGAGUGGGAGUCAUUUUCAUUGAACAGGCAAAAAUGGGAGUUACCUCUUGAUGGUGCAGUGCAGUACAAGACGAAAAGCUUGGGCGAGAAAAUGGAAUGAGGCUUUUUUUCGCGAUUGUGGAGCUGAAGGCUAUUGGCUAUGGACACAGUGGAACAAAAUGCCCACUGUUAAGCCACAGAGGGCGUCUGCAUUUUGAGGCUGCAAACUGUAUAUGAGGAGAGGACGCCACAAGCGCCUCUUCAAUGCGAUUUGAC